CGGAUUUCCAACGGAAGUGGAUGUUUGGUUCGCGUAAAUUUCGUUCGUUGCAUAGUACUUAUAUACAUACAAACAUAUUAUAAACAGACGAGUGUGUCAUGCAACAACAAAAACGUCUAACUGUGUUGCAAAAGUUUGAAAUAUUUUCCAAUGGAUAUUCCUAAAUGAAAACAUAAAAUUGAAUAAAACGAAAAUAGUGUCGCGUAAGGAAUAUUGAAUUAGAGUUUUUAUUUUACUAAUAACAGCGAAGCUUUUAUCUUUCAACUGCUCAACAAUCCAGUCAGUCCACCACACAUAUCCGAAGAGUGGGUGAAAACUUACAUACGUACACAUAUGUACAUAUGUACAUAUGUACUUAUGUAAAGCCACCAAAAAAAUACUACAAUAACAAGGCAUACGAAAAUCAGCAUUGCACAAGAUUAAAUGCCAACUUGUAGCUUAUAAUAAAAACGAGAACGAGAGCAAUGUGCGAGAGGAAAUGAAAAAAAUUGCGCACAACGCACAGCAAAAAUAACAAAUACUCGCAGAAAGAAAACAAGAAUUUUUAACAAAAAAGUGACCGCAAACCAAAAUUAAAAAAAAUUUAUAACAUUUGUAAAUGAGUGUUAUAAAUGCUAGUAAACAAUGUGCAUAUAUGAAUGAAUACGUACACAUAUAUAUGUAUAUAUUACAAAUAUGUUGAGUAGUGUUGUUUUUUCUGCUUCGUUUUCUUGUUUUGUGCGCUAGAAAAUAUAUAUAUAUGCAUUCACAAAUAUUAUAUUAACAGUGCCACAUGGUGUCGAUUUCGAUGUUUAUCUGAUAUCUACACACGUACAUAUUUACCACGUCGUGCGAAAUUUAUUAUAAUCAAAAGCAUUUUGCAAAAUAGUGAGCACUAAAAGUAAUUAAAAAGUGAAAUAAACCUACACUCUGGAUACGUAAAAAUUUAUCAGCUGGCGCAAAAAGACCGAAACUCGUCGAAGCUUCUUCGUGACUUUGAUUUGGAUUAAUUUAUUUUUCUUAUCACACAUUGUUGGAUAUUCACAGUCAGUUUUGAUAUUUCAUUCAUCCCUACGAGUAAUUUUUUCUGAGCUUCAUUAAAGAUAAUAAGCAAGAGUUCUGACGCAUGGAGCUACUAAAAUAUUAGCUAAAUUAAGAAAGCUUUGAAGAUUGCCAAAAAAAAGGUACUACACAUCUUGAAUGGUCACGAGUGAACGAGAAGUGCAAGUCAUGUGAGGUGUACUUAAUUAUUUCGAAUCAGAGUCUUCUUAAUUUCCUGUAUAUUGUACAUUAUUAGCUGCUAAAAAUAAAUUUCUCAAUCGUAAGCAAUUACUUUCGUUGCUUCCCUUCAAACGCGUAACUACUAGCCAGACACAGACGCUUUUAACAAGAUUUGAAAUGGUGCGAUUCGAGCCUUUAGGUCAGAAAAUGUUCACACGCCGAAAUUGGCUGCUGCGUUGCAGCAUACUUAUCAAUAUUGUGGUCAUACUCUAUAUAUGCAGUCAUGUCAUGAUUGGCAAUGGCACCACAUUUCCCGGCAGUAACACGUUUUUCAUACAGGAGAGAGGAGUCGAUCCAGUGAAUAGCGCACAAUUGAUAAGCGAUAAAAUACCACAACCUCCGCCACCACCACCGCCACAGUCUGCUUCCAACGAUCUGCCACCAGCGCCCAAUGAUUCUGGUGGUGCUGCAGUAGCGCCACCUGCGCCAUCUGGUAAUGCUAUUGCAGCAAAUAACCAAAAUCAAGCCGUUGGCGCUGAUCCCUUAGCGCCGGCUGCAGUGGCGGGAAACAUUGGCGGCAGCGGUGGCGCGGUGGAUAACGCUGUAUAUGCGAAUAACAGCGCCGUAAAUGAUGGCGAAGUCGUUACGACUGAGGAGAAAGAGGCCGAUCGCUUGGAUGUACUGUUAAAUUGUUACAAUCGUGAUUACAAACCAGAAAUAUUGCAACGUGGCGAUUUUUGGGUACUUAAAAAUUACAUACGCGCCGAACAUGGGCCGCUAAAGUGUACUGAAUCCAUCACUUACACAACACAUGCAGAUUACACAUUUUUAGAUAAUCUCAUACCGUUGCUGGAGCGCUGGAAUGCGCCUGUGAGUAUUGCUAUGCACACACCGGGCACGGAUUAUCAACCUACUAUAGAUGCCAUUAAGUACCUGCGUGAAUGUUUGCCGGAAAGUCAAUUGGUACGCUCCUUUACCACAUUUCAUCUAUACUUCAGCACGAAACACAUACCGAAACAGGUGGCAAAACAGUCGGAUGUGUUUAAAACGCCAUAUAAUUGCACGCUGCCACCGCCCUAUUUCAAUAUCAGCUCCGGCCAUUUGUACAAAUCGCAAAAGAAAUUGCUAUACCCAGUGAAUGUGGGACGAAAUAUAGCGAGGGAUGCUGCCUUAACACAUUUCAUAUUAGCUUCGGACAUUGAGCUGUAUCCCAAUCCAGGUUUGGUGAAAAAGUUUCUAGAAAUGAUAGCGCGUAAUGAUGCCUAUCUGCAGCGUAAAGCGCCAAGAGUUUUCCCACUCUCCAUCUUCGAGGUGGAAGCCAAUGCAACAGUGCCACGUGACAAAACUGAGUUGCAAGAAUAUUUACGCACUGGCAAAGCGAUACCCUUCCAUAAGCGUGUCUGUGCCAGUUGUCACGGUGUGCCACAGUCCAAGGAGUGGAUGGCCGCCAAUGAAACUGAGGAUCUAAGUGUCUUCCAUAUUGGCAAACGUACGGGCUAUUUUAGACAUUGGGAACCGAUUUACAUUGGUACGCAUGCCGAUCCACAUUACGAUGAGCGACUGAGUUGGGAGGGUAAAAGUGAUAAAAUGACACAGGGUUAUGCGCUCUGUGUUUUAGACUAUGAAUUUCAUAUAUUGGAUAAUGCCUUCCUCGUACACAAACCCGGCAUUAAGGUAUUGCAAAAAGAUAAUCGUCGUGCCAUGUUGGCGGGUAAAACGAAUCAACUCAUACGUAAAAUCAUAUAUCCAGAAUUGAAGAUAAUGUAUGGCGUGCGACAAGGUUGCGUUGUAUAGUAACUAAUAAAUUGGCAAAAAAGUUGAAAAACUUUUUUAGGCUAUAGUAAGAAUGGAAUUAAAAGACUACUAUUACAAUUCAAAAUACUACUUUUUUAAGACGAAGCGAAUUACAUAAUAUAUUAGCGAUAUGUUGUUAAAAGUAAAUAUAUAUGCAAUAAAAAAGUAUAUAUUUAGAUAUUUGCCAGCAUAUAGAUAUAGCUACAAUUACAAUUAGUAAUCGAUUUGAUUAUAUAUAUAAUAGUGUCGAUCUGAGCCAAUACGCACUGUAUGUAAAUGUUAAAUGAUUUUUUAUAGUAUUUUUAUUUCAAUUAUUUUUUUUUUUUUUAAGAUAAA